CCUCACUUUAUAUUCAUGUACGAACUGUGAAAAGAAUUUAAAGACUUCAAUCGGAAAUAUUAAUUGUAAUUGCAAAGAAAAAUAGGUGGACGAUUUAAACAAGUUGAAGAAACGUUUCUCACGAUCUGACUUACAGUAACUACGGAUAACUUUGUGUUGUACAAGAUACAAUAAAACGACGCGAAAGUAAACAGAGGAAUAGCACAAGAUGUCUAUAAAACGCCAAAUAUUUAAUGUAUCAUUGAAAUUAAGAUUUCAAAAUAUUAGUGCGAGAUGUUACUCUUCGAACACAGACAUUAUCGAAUCCGCGGAGGAGGAACCUAUUUUUGUGCACGAAAGAAAUACGGUUGAGUUAGAGAAGAAGAGGAAUAAGUCGAGACUAACGAAGGCACAUAGAAAUAUAUUAUUAGGACAAAAGCCGUACGAGGAAUCACAAAGUUGGUAUCACGAUACUGUCAGGUACAAAAGACGAACAUUAGGGAGGUACGGAAUGGAAGCUUUAGGAGUCCCUGCAGGAUUGGCUUGGCCUACUCCUGAAGAAGUAGAGGACAUGAAGGAAUACGAAAGUCUUGCACAUCCAUUAAACAUUCAAGAAAGAUUGCGAGAAAUUAAAGAAAAGAAGAAAAUGGAAGAAGAGGCGAUAUUAGCUAGGCAAGCUGAAAUACAGAAGAAAAUGGCAACAAUGCAAGAAUUGAUAAAUAACGUACAUGCAAAAAUAGCUGCAAAACAAGAGGCAGAAUUGGAAGCUAAGAAGAAAAAGGAAAGUAGAAUUGAGGAGAUCAGGCGUCAACUGAUAGCCGAAGGAACCAUGUCCAAAGAUAAACUAGCAGAGGCAUUGAGUAAGGCAGAGAAAGAUGAAAAGAAAUUGAAGAAGGCCUUUAAGAAAGCAAGGAUGAUUGAGAAACAACAAGAAUAUGCAGAAAAAUUGCUUAAAAAAGAAGCUCAGACUAAAGAAGAGGAGGACCACACAGCAGACUCUGAGAAAAGAUAAUUAAAUAUUUACAAAACGGACAGCUUUGAUGAAAACAUGUUAUAUUGUAAAAUAAUUUCUACAUAGUAAAAUGAACGCUUUAUAAACA